UUGAACCAGCUGCCCUUUGACCCUGCCAACAACAACGAACCCCUGCAGUUUGCUAGUGCCAGUGGCCCUCUGGUCACAGAAGGCCUCAUUGAGAAUGGAGGGGAGUCAAGCAAGAAAAGAAAGAGAACAAAUGCUCCUUCAGGUGAUAAUAAUAGAACUGUGAACGUGGAUUCCACUGCAAUGACGCUACCUAUGUCUGAUCCAACUGCAUGGGCCACAGCAAUGAAUAACCUUGGAAUGGCACCACUGGGAAUUGCUGGACAACCAAUUUUACCUGACUUUGAUCCUGCUCUUGGAAUGAUGACCGGAAUUCCACCAAUAACUCCAAUGAUGCCUGGCUUGGGAAUAGUACCUCCUCCAAUUCCACCAGAUAUGCCAGUAGUAAAAGAGAUCAUACAUUGUAAAAGCUGCACACUUUUCCCUCCAAAUCCAAAUCUUCCACCUCCUGCAACCCGAGAACGACCACCAGGAUGCAAAACAGUAUUUGUGGGUGGCCUGCCUGAAAAUGGGACAGACAAAAAGAAUUUUUGUCACAUUCGCUUUGCUGAGGAGUACAUGGUGGACAAAGCCCUUUAUCUUUCUGGUUACCGCAUUCGCCUGGGCUCUAGCACUGACAAGAAGGACACAGGCCGCCUCCACGUUGAUUUUGCACAAGCUCGAGAUGACCUGUAUGAGUGGGAAUGCAAACAGCGUAUGCUAGCAAGGGAGGAGCGCCACCGUAGAAGGAUGGAAGAAGAACGGUUGCGCCCACCAUCCCCACCCCCAGUGGUCCACUAUUCAGAUCAUGAAUGCAGCAUUGUUGCUGAAAAACUUAAAGAUGAAUCCAAAUUCUCAGAAGCCGUGCAGACCUUGCUCACUUGGAUUGAGCGAGGAGAGGUGAACCGUCGCAGUGCCAACAACUUUUACUCCAUGAUUCAGUCAGCCAACAGCCACAUCCGUCGCCUGGUAAAUGAGAAAGUUGCCCAUGAGAAAGACAUGGAAGAAGCAAAGGAGAAGUUCAAGCAGGCCCUUUCUGGAAUUCUCAUUCAGUUUGAGCAGAUAGUUGCUGUGUACCAUUCUGCCUCCAAACAAAAGGCAUGGGACCACUUCACAAAAGCCCAACGUAAAAACAUCAGCGUCUGGUGCAAACAAGCUGAGGAAAUCCGUAACAUACAUAAUGAUGAAUUAAUGGGAAUCAGGAGAGAAGAAGAAAUGGAGAUGUCUGAUGAUGAAAUAGAAGAAAAAACAGAAACAAAAGAAACUGAGGAAUCAGCCUUAGUAUCACAGGCAGAAGCUCUGAAGGAAGAAAAUGACAGCCUCCGUUGGCAGCUCGAUGCUUAUCGGAAUGAAGUAGAACUGCUUAAGCAAGAGCAAGGCAAAACCCACAAAGAAGAUGACCCAAACAAAGAACAACAGUUGAAACUCCUGCAACAAGCCCUGCAAGGAAUGCAACAGCAUCUACUCAAAGUCCAAGAGGAAUACAAAAGGAAAGACGCUGAACUUGAAAAAAUCAAAGAUGAAAAGUUACAGGUGGAAAAAAUGUUGGAAAAUCUUAAAGAAAAGGAAAACUGUGCUUCUAGACUGUGUGCAUCAAGCCAGGAUAGUGACUACCCUAUUGAGAAGACUCUGAACAGCAGUCCUAUCAAAUCUGAACGUGAAGCACUGCUAGUGGGGAUUAUCUCCACAUUCCUUCAUGUUCACCCAUUUGGAGCAAGCAUUGAAUACAUCUGUUCCUACUUGCACCGUCUAGAUAAUAAGAUCUGCACCAGUGAUGUGGAAUGUCUCAUGAGCAGACUUCAGCAUACCUUCAAGCAAGAAAUGACUGGAGUUGGAGCCAGUUUAGAGAAGAGAUGGAAAUUCUGUGGCUUUGAGGGCUUGAAACUGACCUGAAUUCAUCUACCUAACAACCUGGGAUCCUGAAAAUAAAUGUGUGUUGGACAAGCUUAGAAAGUGAUUUGUAUUUUCAAUGGUUUCCAGUGGAAAUUGCUUUAAAUUUGUCAAUUCAUCCCUGGAAUCUAUUUUGACUUAAAAUAAGGAUCCUAGAGCAGCACCUCAAGCUACAGGCCCUAAGAAGAAAUUUACUCAAACCUCAAGUGCUGUAACUUUCUCCCUUUCUGUCAAUUGUCUUUUUUAUUAGUCGUAUUGAAAAAGGCCUAAGGCUAAAGAGUAUUUGGGGUGUUUUCGAUGUCUGUACUACUGUUGUAGACUUCAGUAUUUUUUAAACACUGUUAACUGAAAUAUUUUGAUGAUUUGUGCGUGAUUUGUGUUUCAAAAGUUCUGUUCACAUUAAUGUUGCUACUGGUGAGAGGAAUGUGAGGAGCACUAGGUACUCCAUAACUGAUGUUGUCUUUCCAAUCCCUAGUAAGUGAAUAACACAUCAGUCUUCUAGAAGGUUUUGACCAGGUUCGCCUUUUAAAAGACAAAGCAUGACAUGUGGCUUUUGCAAAUUACUGUCAAACAAAAGUUGACAACUGUUCUGAACUUAUUUUUUCUAACAUAGCAGAUAAAAAGCUUAUUUCAGAAUUAAAAAAAAAAAACACAAAUCUCCAUGUAUGUGCAGAAAGCAAGUCUCCAGUAUGACUGGCAUGUGUACGUGCUAUUUAGAAUCACCCUGUAAAUAGUCUGCUUUUAAAGGAGGGCAUGUUUAAUUUUCUAUGAGUUAAAACACGUGUGUGCAUGUACGCAUGUGCACACUCACAUUAGCAAAAGAGAUUUAUUUUAAUAUGUUUUCCCUCUGGCCUUCGUACAAAACCUAUUGGUCCCUUUUCUUCUACUGUCAGUGUGUUGAAUUGCAAAGUAUGUACUGCUGUAAAUACUGUUUACUUCAUGCUGAAUGUUUGCAAAGAAUUGAUAUGAGUAUUAGUAGAAAACUCUUGGUAAUGAAUGAAUACUGGGCCAGUGUGUGUGAGGCUUCCUGCAAAUAGGUCAGCUCCACCUGGAGUGCCAGGGACACCUCCAGAUUGCAAUGCCAGUGUGGGUGGACCAGUCAGGAGGUCCUGCUUGGUGGAAGAGAAAGGGGAAAAUGAGGAUUUGGGGCUAAUAUCCUGAGGCAUAGAUGAUCUUUUCUGUUUUGGUAUUGGUGGUGCUUAUAAGAACAUACUUAUGCCCUCCCUUGAGCUGUGAUUCAAAAUAACUGAAUGUACUAAGUAAGCAAAGCCAAUGAGUAUUUCAGGAAAAUACUUUGUAAAUGAGAUGUCAGUAGUGUUCAAAGUUGUAUUUUUGAAAGAUAAAUAUUCCUUUUUUAUACCUCA